UCAGUCUUGCAUUCUGUUAAAAACAGCUGGAGGAAAAAAUACUUCAUAUUAGGAAAAAAAAUCAAAUACUUUUAAGCCAUUAAGAUAAUCUGGGAAGUUAUUUUGGAUCCAUUAGAAUGAUCAUGAAAAUCUGCUGAUGAAAGCAGAAGGAUGUCAAGACAGUUAAAGAGGUUAAGUCACUAAACAGCAACUUUUGUCAGAACUUCAUAUUGGCUAGACUGUUUCCCUGACAAGAGAGAUAGUUCCAGGCACCACAGUUCUCACUAAGGUAAAAUAAGUGAAUGGUUAAAUAUCUUCUGUAUGAUUCUGCAUGUCCCUAGGAGGUCUCCUGGAUAUUGGCAACAUAGAAACAAGCUUCAAAAACAGAGAAACACCAGUGAGCAAAUCCCAGCCUAACAACUGUAAAUAGACUCUUAGAAAUCAGGUACACAGGAAAAGGAAAAUACCGUCCCUUGGUGGACAUGACAGGGAAAAAAGUAAUGUGGAGUUUGCCUUUUCCUUAAUGCCUCCAGCAGUGACACCCCUGAGAGAGGAAAGGUUUCAGGGGAGAUGUAAACUCUAGGAAUCACUCAGAAAGAAAAAUGCCAGGGUGGCUGUAGGGCCCAGCUCCCAGUGAGCAGUAGGAAUUUGCCAUGGCAAUUUCUUUGUUCCCAGCCGCUCCCAUUUUAGUCAGGAACCUGUUUAAUAUUAACUUCUACUUCUGAUGCCCCGAGGGGGAAGCAGCAGCAGCAAGCUCCGGGUCAGGGGCAGGCAGACAGGACUGGAAAGGCAGCUAACACCGCAGCAGGCAGGGAGUGAGUUAAACGCUGCCCCACACUUUCACACAAACCUGUCUCCAGCUCUUCUCCAGGGCUUUCUCUCCUGCCAGUUCCCUACUGGCUGCUUCCAAACCCCAUCAUUGCUAUUGUCAGCUAUAUCUCACCCUGCAGAAGCCUGCUGGGAGCAAUUCCAGAGCUGGGAUAUGCAGAAGACUGCAGUGGUGCCCUCAGAGACCUGUUUGACCUGCCCCAUUUUGUCUCAGAGACUCAGAGGUUCAUGUUGCAAAGCUGAGCUAAAAAUCCAACAGGCUGAUUUUCUACAGGAUUUAAGGAAAAAAAAAAGACAAAUCAAGCAAAACGUCUUUACCCCUGACUUACUUAAUAUGUCAGGCUGGACUUGGGUGCCCACUGCAUUGAGAAUUGGAAACUGAGUGACCAGCUUGGUUACUAAGCCAUCUGGCCUGAGCGUAUGUCAAAAAUAUGAUGGUCCAGAUAGAUUCCUACAAUACUGCAGUCUUUCCAAAAAGAUUUAAUGGAAAAUAAAAUUAUGUCAUUAUAAUUUGUGUGUAUUUUUAAAAAAUGUUAUUUUACCUACUCAUUUUCUUUCCAAUACAUCUGGCUACCCAUCCUCCCAGGAAAAACAUAUUGUUCACAAAAUCUUCAGCAUCCUUUUAUGGUAUCUGAGGAUGCAAUCUAUCAUUCCUGCAAUUAAAUUCCCUCCAGACUGGGUAGCAGAAGUCAGAGGCAGAUUGUCUUUGUAACUCAGCAAGCUCUGUUUGAAGUUUCCUUGGAUGUGUUUAGUUGAAGAGACUGGAAGGAUGUAGAAAGUAAGACACAAUUUUUUACUGCUGGGUUAAACAGAAGUUGCGAGAAAUUUCUUUUGAAAGGGACAAGUGUAAAGUGCAAAUACUGCUUAAACAACUUAUGUUUUACGAUUUCCUGAUUAAUGGGUUGCAGUAAAAUCAGUUCCCUGACACUGAUUACUUCAGCAAUACAUUAAUAAUCAUUUCAGCUAGUUUUAUGUUGUGCAUGGAAACUGCACAGAAUCGUGUCUGUCUUUUAACCUAUAAAUCAGUUCCUUCAUGGCCGUCUAAAUCUCAGCUCUGAUAUUUUCUGCAGAAUGUAAAACUGAAACAUGUACAAUACAAGUGCAUUAGAUAUCAAAGUAUCAUAGUUUUUUUAGGAGGGGACAAACAUUAACUUCACAGUCCUUGUUCAAAGCUGCCCUUGAACUGCUAGAAUGGAUUGUGGUUAUAGGAGGAGACUAUGAUAGUUUCUGCUGUGAACUCAUGUUCUGCGUGUAGCCAGGUAUCUGCAUCGUAAAAAACAUGGCCACAGCUGUCUUUAGACCUACAGCUUUCCUUGCUGGAGAGGCCAAGAUCUCUUACCCUGGGAAGAAAGGGUUUUAACAGCUGCAUUUGGCAAAGCUGUGGGGGAGGCAUGAAUGUGAUUCCUCUGCUUUUUAGGAAUAAGCACAAAGGGGCUCAGUCUGCAAAUGCAUUGUUUUAGCAAGCAAGGAAUUCACUGAUUUAAAAAAAAAAUCUAACAGGAAAGGAAUCUGAAAAAUGAGAAAAGUCUUUUAAAGAGCUAGGGGAAAAUCUGGCUCUGCAUGAACAAAACUAAUCACAGAAGCUUUCCUGGCCCUGCCGUGAAGUGGCCCCCUGCACCCAGGGCAGGGAGCAGUUGUGGAGCUCAGCUGUGCCUGUAGUUAAUAAUAAAUGGAUUCUCUUGGCCAGGAGUUCUGGCCAGCACACCCCCUCCUCCGCCUCCUCCCAGGGCUGCCCAGGCAGCGCUCCAGUACCCACCCAGCCUCCCUCCAUGAGACAGACACCAGAGGAGCAUCCAUAUGCACAAGAUGAUUAGGAAGAUAACCCUCAGCCUGGGAAGACACGUGUCCUCCAUGGCAUGUGGGGCCACCCAGGUGAGAAGACUUCUGCAUGGUGGUUAUGUCAGGAUUCAUCCCUCUGUACAGGAAGCUCUGGUGGAGGGGAGACCCGUUGUAGCCUUGGAAAGCACCAUCAUUACACAUGGCAUGGCCUAUCCUCUGAAUUUGAGGUGGUGGAUGUUGAUGUUCCUCAUUCAGUGAAGUUCAUGGCCAGAGAGGUGGAAGAAAUUGUAAGAACAAAUGGAGCAGUGCCAGCCACUGUAGGUAUUUUAAGGGGCCAGAUCCACGUGGGACUCACAGACGAGGAACUGGAGUUCUUGGCAAGCAGUAAAAAUGCAGUUAAAGUGUCUCGCAGAGAUUUUCCUUUCGUCCUCAGCCAGGGCUUGUCUGGUGGCACUACCGUGUCUGGAACAAUGAUCGUGGCACACAAAGCAGGAAUCCCUGUGUUUGUCACUGGUGGCAUAGGAGGUGUCCAUCGGCAUGGGGAGAACACUCUGGAUGUGAGUGCUGACUUGACAGAGCUAGGACGAACACCGGUGGCUGUUGUAUCUGCAGGAGCCAAGUCUAUCCUUGAUAUUGGCAGGACACUGGAAUAUCUGGAGACUCAGGGUGUGUGUGUGGCUGCCUUUGGAGAAUCAAGGGAGUUCCCAGCCUUCUUCUCCCGCCAGAGUGGCUUCCAAGCACCAUACCAUGUCCGGGAUGAAGAGGAGGCAGCUAAACUCAUUGACAGCGCUCUGGGGCUGGGCCUGAGCAGCGGGGUGCUGAUAGCAGUGCCCUGUCCCCAGGAGCGAGCUGUCCAGGGCCAGGCCAUUGAAGAGGCCAUCCAGCAAGCUCUCAGCCAAGCCAGGUCCAAAGGAAUCACAGGCAAAGAAGUGACCCCCUUUUUGUUACAGAAGCUCACAGAAUUAACUGAUGGGAAAUCGUUGGACUCUAACCUUGCACUGAUCCAGAACAAUGCCAGAGUGGGCAGCUGCAUUGCAGUGGCCCUCAGCAAACUACAGAAAGCCAGAAGGAAGAGGAUACAGCCUGGGCAAAAGGACAUAACUGCACCCCAACCAGUGGUGAUUGGCGGUAUCAACGUUGACUUUAUAGCCAAGGCACAGAACCCUGAGAUCCUGGGCGGUGGGCAAACAAAUCCUGGAAGAGUGAGACGAACCUUUGGCGGUGUUGGAAGGAACUUGGCAGACUGUUUAAGCCGUCUUGGACAAGCUCCUCUCCUUUUAUCAGCUGUGGGGAAGGAUGAGCAUUUGGAGUCUGUCCUGCACUACUGCCACCACAUGGUGUCCCAGUUCAAGGAGAGCCUGUGUCAGGCCCCACUUGUUUGCAUUGAUGGAAAUGUGCCUCUCUCUACCAUUCAGUAUGUCUGCCAACUAGCCCGAGAGCACCAGCUAGCAGUGUGCUAUGAGCCAACAGAUGAGAACAAAGCCUCUAAGCCAUUCCUCUCAGACAGCUGGAAAGCACUCACAUACAUUUCCCCCAACCUGCAAGAGCUGAGAGCAAUAAAUCGGACCCUCGGGAACCCUCUGCCUGCAGAGCUGCCAUCCAGGUUGGAGGAUGUUGUCCAGGCUGCAGUGGCCCUGGCCUGCCCUUUGCUGGCCCACCUGCACUGCGUGGUGGUGACCCUCGGUGCUCACGGCGUCCUCCUGUGCAGCAGGAGCCUGGGAGGGAGCAUCUCCCUUUAUCCAGGAGCUCACAAACAGGAUCCUGCUGCCAGGCUCUGUGCUGCCCACUACCCCGCCAUCCCCAUCAGCAGGGAGGAGAUAGUCAACGUCUCAGGAGCUGGUGACAGCUUAAUGGCAGGAAUCCUUGCAGGGGUGCUUGCUAAACAUGACACUGGCACAUGUGUGCGAAUGGGUCUGCUGGCUGCCAGCUUGUCUCUCCGUUCCUAUGAGCCCAUUUCCCCAGAAAUCAGCACUUCCAGUGUCAGCCAGGAGCAAGUCAAGAGCAGGAGCUGGCCAGAGGCAAAGGUAUGGAAGAUGGACUAGAACACCGUGCCUUUCUCAUCUAUCACCUCAUUGCACUUGCAGCAAUGCUAUUUUCAGGAACUGGACUGUGUUUUAAGCCUUGAGAACAUUUAUCUGCUUUGGUCCUGAGUAAACCCUCAAGAAAGGAGGCCCCUACCCAGGGAACUUCUGUGGAAUGAAAAGCUGAUUUCUGGUCUUCCAGACCUCCUGGUUUUCUGACCUCCAGGCCUUCUAGAUUUUCUCUUGAGGGAAUUUUCUCUUCCUCCACCUUGUGUCACUGUUGUCCAUUAUCACGGUAGCUCCUCUGUCAUUGACUCCUGGAUCUUCAGGACCAUGUCUCUUCAGCUGGGCCCAGCAGCAACAUCUGCUCUUGCUGCUUAUUCUUUCCUAUCCAAGAGGUCCCAUGAAUCACAACCUGUGUCAGGGUGCAGCUGGCAGGAACAUGACACUGUAGGAUAACUUCAUCCAUCUUCCCAAGCCAGCCAGCACACACCAUUGGACUUAUUCUAAAGUCCAGUGCCCCUGGAGAAAGUAGGCAAGACAAAGUAAAGAAGAGUGACCAGGGACCAGCUGGUGGCUGGUCAGAUGACAGCCCCUUGUUCCACAUGCCUUCCUCCUUCUUUAGUCCUGAGUAUCAAGUCAGAAGCAAAAGAGAUCAAUGGGAGCCAAGGCAUCUCCCGUGGAAGCCAUGAGGAAAAGUCACGUUCUCUCUCUAAGCCUGAAAUGUGCACAGGAUGCAACUGCAGGUGCCAAGAGAUCGGUGAACACUGAAACUCAUUAAAACUGAUUUCCAGUAGA